CCGCUGUACUUUGUCGGGAUCUCGCUCGCAUCCUUUGGCGCGUUUUACUACUUGGUAAAGUACAGAGCGGCCACGUACCCCGCGUCGAGGCAGCCCAGGCAGCACGACAGCCCGCUCAUACCCCCGCGUCACGUCGGCAGGGACGACGAUCCAACCGCCUCUGAACCCCGCGCGAAACCAUCGACAUCGUCAUGACAGGCGUGUUCGAGAAGAUCUCCGAGGCGCUGCAUAUCAAAAAGCAUCCCCAGGAGCAUGAGCAGAAGGAGGAGUCUGCAGAGGCACAGUCGCCAGCACACGCGGAUGCUACCGCGUCUGCUUCUGUAAUCACUUCGCCCGUUUUUGAUAAGAGCAAGAUCACUGUAGUUUUUGUGUUGGGAGGCCCUGGAGCGGGCAAAGGCACGCAAUGUGCGAACCUCGUGCAGGACUUUGGGUUCUGCCACCUCUCCGCUGGCGAUCUCCUGCGCGCCGAGCAGAACCGCGCGGGCUCCGAGUACGGCGAGAUGAUACGCAACUGCAUCAAGGAGGGCCAGAUCGUCCCGAUGGAAGUGACCAUCAAGCUGCUCGAGAACGCGAUGCGCGCGGCGCUUGCGGAGGAGCGCGCCGGGGAAGGCUGGGCGGAGGGCCGCGGCCGCUUCCUGAUCGACGGGUUUCCGCGCAAGAUGGACCAGGCGCUCAAGUUUGACGAGGAGGUGUGCGAGUCGUCGCUUGUGAUGUUCUUCACGACGACGGAGGACGAGAUGCUCAAGCGGCUUCUUGAGCGCGCAAAGACGAGCGGCCGUGAGGAUGACAAUGAGGAGAGUAUCCGGAAGCGCUUCCGUGUGUACAAGGAGCAGACGAUGCCUGUCGUUGAGCAUUACAAUGAGCAGCACAAGGUCGUCACGAUCGAUGCGAGCGCAAGCAUCGAAGAAGUGCACGAGAAGGCAAAGACGGUCGUCGAGGAGCUCUUCAAAGGAGAGAUUGCUCGCAACGUCACUGCUUGACCUGUUCCUUCGUGAUGCAUUGUUGUUCGUAGAUUGGUUAUCGAGUUGCCAUAUACCACGGAGAUGUAGUUGAUACUCACAUAUACAGAGACAUUUCGCAGCGAAGCAUGUUCGAAAGCCUCAAGUGAACGUCAGACUGGUGAUGCAUGAUGUCCAGAAACGCCUCCUUUUUUGAGAUCGGUCGCCCGUACGAGAACAGAAGGAAGAUACAGAGAAGUAAACAAAUAUUUGUAACAGCUGCAAAGGG